UCAGCAAAUACUAAAAACUGCACGUUUAUUGACGAUCAACGGUAUAAACAAUUUUAGAAGAAAUAAAAAAUGCAAAAACAGCCAAUAAGAAGUUACCCCGGGAUUAUUGGUUAUUGAAGCAUUAUGAUUUUAUAACUGUUGGUCAAAAACAUAGGUUAAUAUUUCCUGUGAAUACCCCAAAUAACAAUAUUAUAUAUUAUGUUGCUGAUAGUGAAUUAUUCCAAGUACUUCACGAGGUACAUCAAAGUAUCGGCCAUGGCGGUCGAGACCGUAUGCUGAACGAGCUUUCUACACGAUACAAGAAUAUAACUCGCCACGAUGUUGAACUAUAUCUGCAACUUUGCGAACCGUGCCAGCAAAAACAAAAAGGAAUAAAAAAAGGGAUUGUCGUCAAACCCAUACUUUCAUCUGAAUUUAAUUCUCGCUGUCAAGUAGAUUUGAUUGACUAUCAAUCUCAUCCAGAUCGAGAAUAUAAAUUUGUAAUGGUCUAUCAGGAUCAUCUCACGAAGUUUGUAAUAUUAAGAGCACUAAAAACAAAACGCGCAGAGGAAGUAGCUUACAAUUUACUGGAUAUUUUUACAUUGAUUGGCGCACCAGCGAUCCUACAAUCAGACAAUGGUAGAGAAUUCUCAAACCAAAUUGUAAGCAGUCUUAAAACGUACUGGCCAACUUUAAAAAUUGUACAUGGUAAGCCUAGACAUUCCCAAAGUCAGGGGAGUGUCGAACGAGCAAACCAGGACAUCGAAAAUAUGCUAACAACUUGGAUGCAAGAUAGUGACAGUAAUCGUUGGAGUGAUGGUCUGCGCUUUGUACAACUCAUGAAGAAUAAAGCAUUCCAUUCAGGCAUCAAAAGAACACCUUACGAAGCUCUUUUUGGAUCUAAAGUAAAAGUUGGUAUAUCUUUACCUCUCGAUGAUACUCACAACCUGGAGAGUGAAGAGGAUCUAGAAAAUAUGAUUAAGUCAUCACCAAGUAUUCUGAUUCUUUCAGAAUCUUUAAUAGUAGAUCGAGUUCGGACACAAAAUCAACCUCUAGAGGCUCAACAUCAACAAAGCCCCGUCAUCGAAAGUUCUGAGAUCCGUAAUGAAGUUUCGAAUGCUCAAAGUGCGUUUGAUGAACAUGACGAUGAACACAUGACUAUCCAAAGUGCCGAGACUCUUGAUGAACUUGUGAAUGUUGAAAGUCUUCCUUCUGAGGUACAUGGACAACCCUUAUAUGUUCUGAAUUUUGUAUCAGAACGUGAGCAAUCAUUGGAUUCCCCACUCUUGUGCUGUGUUUGUACUGAGGGGACAACGGGAACUCUUUCGUGUAGAACAUGCAAUAGACCCAUUCAUGCUAUUUGUGGUGCUCCGGAGAAAGAUAUGGCAGAAGGCUAUGGUUUUAAAGUUGUUUGCCCAUUAUGCUUAAAAAACGCUUUAGCUGUACAGAACCGCAUCAGUUCCAAAGAUAAUUUAACAGAGCAAGGUCCGAAAAUGCUUAAACUUCUGAAAAAAAAAAUUCCCCCUGUGCCAUUGGGUACCACUGUAAGAAUCCCUGUUCCGGAAGUCGACAGAGGUCGUGGUGAUGCUCGCAAUAUACUAGCUGUAGUCUUACAAAAAACGGAUGACGAACUUUAUAAAAUAGGAACAAAGCAAGGUGUUGUAAAGAAUAGGUAUUCAAGACAGCAGUUUACAGUUUGUCGUCAAGAACUACUUAAAAAAGAAGAUGUCCCUCAAGAAACGACGCUCCGUACAGUUGCGAAUCUGCAAUAA